GUACUACUUCCAACAUGAAAUUCCUGCUUGUCGUCGUUGGCCUGGCCCUGGCUGUCGCAGCUGAGGAGGAAAUCUUCUCCAGCUACCAUGAGGAGAUCGGUAUCCCAGAAGCUGCACGCAUCAAGUUAUCUGAGGACGCUCAGGACUUCGACGGCUCCAGGAUCGUAGGCGGACAAUUAUCUGCUCUCGGCGCACACCCUCACUUGGGGGGUCUGGUCAUCACUUUGACUGACGGCAGACAGUCAGUUUGCGGAUCUUCCCUUCUCACCCAUACCAGACUGGUGACAGCUGCUCACUGCUGGAGGCAUGAUGGAGUCCAGGCUCGUUUGUUCACCGUCGUCCUAGGCUCUGUCCGUCUCUUCUCCGGUGGCCUUCGCGUCAACACCAACAACGUCCAGAUGCACGCCAGCUACGACGAAGAUCGUCUUGCAAACGAUAUCGCCAUCAUAGUCACGGGUCACAUCAGUUACACCAAUGUCAUCCAACGCAUCGCCAUCGCCAGUGGCAGUAACAACUACGCCGGUACCUGGGCCACGGCAGCCGGAUACGGUAGAACCGGUGACAAUGUUGGCAUCAGCAACAGCCAGGCAAAGCGUCACGUUAACAUGCAAGUAAUCACCAACGCCGUGUGCGCCAACACUUUCGGAUCCAAUGUCAUCAUCUCCUCCACCUUGUGUACCGCCACCACCGGUGGUCAGAGCACCUGCGGCGGUGACUCCGGUGGUCCUCUAGCCAUCACCAGCGGCAAUAGCCGUACUCUGAUCGGUAUCACCUCCUUCGGCUCCAGAGCCGGCUGCUCCCGAGGCUUACCCGCCGGCUUCGCCAGAGUGACCUCAUUCAACUCCUGGAUCAAUGCCCGUCUAUAAUAAGCAUACCGCCUAUUUAUUUAAUGUUGCUAUUGACCAUUGAAUGCCAGACUGUUGCAUUUAAUUACAGCGUAUGCUAAGUAAUG